GUGAAGCCUCCUAUCCCAGGUGCUAAGCCAGCCCCGGCCCGGGCCAUGAUGAAGUUGUAGGCUUGUAUAACGUAAACGGCGACAAUCGAUGGUUUUAUAAACCACAGAGGUCAGAGGACUUGAUUAGUGAUUCGUUUCGGUUGAAGUAUCUUUAGUAGGCGUACUGCGUUUUGAAGCUUUCAAAUCUCCCUCUCCUGCAGCCAUCAUGCUCUCUGGAGACAUUCCUCCGAACCAAACCAUUUACAUCAAGAACCUCAAUGAGAAAGUCAAGAAAGAAGAAUUGAAGAGGUCUCUUUAUGCUUUAUUCUCACAGUAUGGAAGGAUUUUGGAUGUUGUUGCCUUGAAAACUUCCAAGCUUCGAGGCCAAGCAUGGGUUGCAUUUAGUGAAGUUACAGCUGCUAGUAAUGCAGUGCGUCAAAUGCAAAACUUUCCAUUCUAUGAUAAACCUAUGCGGAUACAAUAUGCAAAAACAAAAUCUGAUUGUGUAGCAAAAGCAGAUGGAACCUACAUUCCAAGAGAGAAAAAAAAGAAGCAAGAAGAGAAAGCCGAAAGAAAACGGAAAGCUGAGGCUCCAAAUUCUGCAGCAGCAGCUGCUAAUGGUAGAGCUGACCAUAGUAAUGGGGGGCCUGCUGCUCCCUUCCAGCAAGGAAAACCUGGUGCACAGGAGGCAGCUGCAGCUCCUAAUAAUAUACUCUUCAUUCAGAAUUUACCACAUGAGACCACUAGUAUGAUGCUGCAAAUGCUCUUCCAACAGUAUCCAGGAUUCAGGGAAGUCCGGAUGAUAGAAGCGAAGCCAGGCAUUGCCUUUGUGGAGUUUGGAGAUGAAGUGCAGUCAUCAAUUGCCAUGCAAGCCCUUCAAGGGUUCAAGAUUACUCCCCAAAACCCCAUGGUCAUCACUUAUGCAAAAAAAUAAGACCAAUCUUUUCAUGGUAUGUGUUUUCUACUUCAUCUUUUGUAAUUUCACUAAGACGUGAGAGCUAAGGGAGCAUUACAUUACCAUAAUCAUAUGUAUUUUUUUAAGAUAGUUAAACUGUUUAAAAUGCUUUUCCUUGCACCAAUCAAAAAAAAGUUUUUGCUAGCAUUCAGAUCCAAAUAGAGAGACGGGUCAUUUUUUAA